AUGCGGCACGGCCAUGCCGCUUACCUUCGCGCCUUGGGACGCUGGUUGCUGGCGGCGCGCCUGGCGCGACCAACUCCUGUUUCGGUCUGCGCCGCGAUGAGCGCCCGAACAAGCCCGUCUCAUGCCGCCACGCGGCACGCGCAACUCCAAGCGGCGUGGGCCAAGCCUGACUUGGACACUGGCCUGUGGCUGGACCGGGACGUGGCAAUGCUCCAAUGGCUCCGGUACUGGACGCAAAGCAAGGGAGUGCGGCCGGCUCAUGCAGCGGAAACUGACAUGCAAGGAUCUACGCGCGCCAGGCUGGGCGACCCGGGCAAGAUCUUCGAGGGCACCUGUUGGAACUGCAGCCAAGCCCGAGGCUUGCGACAUGCAGUGCCCAGUCCGGAGGAAUUUCCUGUAGAGCUGCGUCACCUAUCGGCGGGUGCAGGUCAAGCCCUGACGCUUUUAAUUUUACAUCAGGGUGAACCUCGGAAGCACCGUAAUGGGCACAUCCGAAAGGACAAGUUGUCCAGAGUGUCCUGGCCGAAAACCUCGGUAGAAGCACGCAUCUCCAUGCUUUCGCCACCAGAACAAAUGAGUGCAAACCGAGCGUUGCGCUGGCUCUUAGAGCACAACCCCGGCUAUGCCGGCUGGAAAAGUGCCUUAGAUGACCAGCUGGGAACACCAAACAAGCCAGCCACUUUGCCCCCUAGUGCCAUCCUCGAGCAUUUUAUAGAGGUGGCCGUGUUCCCGUGGCUAUAUCCUCGCCCAGAAUGGUGCGAGGGCAGCCUCAAAGCGCCGGGUCAGUGGCGCAGACCCUUCAGCAAGGAAGGGCAAGCAGCCGGCCAGCAGUAUGCUAGCAUGAAAGCAGCAUACGUCUCCAAGCUAGUCUGCCCGAUCUUGGACUAUGCAGCUAGCUACGCCCUGCUCCAAUUUCAAUUUGACAGCCAGGCACUGGAGUCCGGGGCAUUGGAGGAGGCAUCAUCGGCUCCUAGUGGAUGUGGUGGAGGACCCACGGACCUUCCCGGGCCUGAGACACUGGCCAUAGCCCAUGCCCUCUGCAACAAGCUUGCGAAGGGCUGCUGGCAGGUUGCACAGGCGCAAAUAGCCACAGGUGGCGCAGCAAUCUUUUCAGGUCCAAGGCCGAUGCACGACUUUCCGGAGUGCAUUGCUACUUUGGUCGCUUUGAGUUUCAAGACGCACGGCCUACAACAGGAGUACGGCAAGGGCCGCGGCACGCCGCACGUGCAUACCCUCUUCAUUCCAGAGCUCAUGCUCCACCACCAGAUCCUCGCACACAUGCCGUCCGCGGACCCAGAAGUGACGGAGCUGGCCCGUCGAUUGCUCAGCAGCAUGACAAGUGCCGCGCGGGGCGUCAAGCGUGCGGUCAAGAUCAUCCGCAAGUCGCAGCUGGCAAUCUCCACCGGUGCAGUGGAGGACGAGGUCAACGUCCUGAAGAGCCUGGACCAUCCACAUGUGGUUCGCAUCUUUGAGGCUUUCGAGAGGCGAGACACUCUCCACAUUGUGAUGGACUGGGCAGAGGGCGGCACGCUUGCGAACAUCUUGUUGUCCGCUCGUGCGGAGGGCAGGAGAGUCGCGGAACCCUGGGCAUGCACUGCCGCGCAGCAAAUCUGCUCGGCCUUGGAGUACAUCCAUCAGAAGGGAGUGGUCCACUGCGACCUGAAGCCCGAAAAUGCGAUGCUCCUGCGGGCGACCGACGCGAAGAGGGAUGAAGCUCCACACAUCGUGUUGGUGGACUUUGGCAUCUCAGAGAUUGUAGAGGCGAGGCACCUCGCGGGUCCCUUGAAGGUCCGCGGGACGCCGAUGUACCUCUCACCCGAGGGCUUUGAGGGACAUCUCACGGAGAAGAGUGACCUUUGGGCCCUGGGCGUCGUCAUCUUCGAGAUGCUGCUGGGCCGCCGGCCCUUUCAGGCUGACAACUUGGCGCUGCUUUGGUGCAAAGUCAGCCAGAACGAGCCGAACUUCAAAGGUCUGGACCCUCUUGCGUUGGAGGUGGUGCAGGGCCUUCUGAACAAAGAUCCCAUUGCCCGGCUGACUGCGCAGGAGUGCCGGGGUCUCGCCUGGUUCGCUUUGCCUGAGAAUCAGCUAAGGCUGCCAGACGUCUCAGCCAGGCAUGCCAAAAUCGAUGCGCUGGGUAGUGUCAACUGCUUUCACCAGAUCGCCACGUUCGCAGUCGCCACAGGGCUCAGCAUGAAGGACAUGCGCAGCGUUUUUAAGGUGUUCCAGUCGGUGGAUAAGGACAAGUCCGGCAACCUGGACUUCAAUGAGUUCAAAGCAGCCCUGGCCCAGCUAAACAUCACAGAGGACCCGCAACGGCUCAUGGCCAUCUUGGACAUGGACCAGAACGGUCGGAUCUCGUACACUGAGUUCCUCGCAGCGGUUCUCGCAAGCUCCGCAGAGCCACUGCCCGAGACGCAAGUGAAGGAGGCCUUCGACGUCUUCGACGUGGAUGGCGACGGCCAGAUCUCCUUGACCGAGCUGCGGCUGAUGCUCUCAGGAGAUGGGCCACUGGUCGAAGUGCUGCCAAAUGGCCAGACGGUGGAUGAGGUCAUGGCGGAGAUUGGCGGUAGUAAACAGUCGAUCACGUUUCACGACUUUUUGAACUACCUGUCACGUGCGUCGGCUCAGAAGCGCAAGAACUCCGAAGAGGAGGUAGGCAAAAUGCCUUCACUGCCAGGGAAGCGGCUGGUCGAAACUAUGUGCGACGAGCUGGAAGGGGAGGAGAUGUCGGCAAGUGAGCUGCUGGCUCCUAGCAUGGAGAAGGUGGUAGAAGAGCCUUGGGAGGACGUCGAGCGCCAAAGCACUACAGACGUCGUUGAGGGCAAGAUCACGCCUGAGUCCAACGAGGAGGCGGAGGAGAAGGCUCUUUGGCGUGCCUUUGGCACGCAGUCGAAAGAGCUCUGGUCUCAACACAGGCCUGGGCAUGCGAGCGGAGCGAUUCCGCCGCCGCGGACGCUUUCACCGGGCGCCACCCUUCCCGCACUGCAUGAGUUUCUACUGGAAGCCUGCGGCGGCGAGCGAAAUCCAGAGGAGCAGCGGCUGGCGCUUGCUGGACUAUUAAACUUCCCCGACUUUCCCAUUACCGUGGAGCGCUCUGACCUGCUUGCGGCAAACAUCUCGGUGUUGAAUCGGCAUUUCUUCGCAGGUAUGGUCCUGUCACGGAUGCUGGCUGAGAAUCCAGCGGAAGGCGCAGACGAGGACCUCAAGCAGGCUUUGUUGGAAGCGGUGGAGGCGGGUGCCAUGGAAACGAACUGGCGGCCGAGCCGGCGUGCUGAGCCCGUCAUGGAGGAGCCCCUACAGGCCCUACAGUACCACAAUGCCUCAUCGCCUUUGCGAUCCUUGGGCCCCGAGUCGCCGUCGCCAAAGGCGAAUGCUUCCCCGGUGCCAAACUCUGAGGCUUCUCGGCCCAGGAGGGAUCGCCCUCCUCCCGUGCCCAAGCGGCCGUGGGGGGCAAGGGCUCCUCCGUCGAAGUCCGAGGUAGAGGAGCGACUCUCUGAUCUCAGGGUUCGCUUUGCUGCCCGCCGGCGUCGAAAGAAGGCAGCGCGUGCUGUCGCAGGAAGGGAUUUCGAGUUUGCCGAGCAAAGCGCCGGCGUGCAUUUGGAGGAGCGUCAGUCGCCUUCGCCCGGACCUGGAAAAGCUCGGUUUCCACUGCAGUGGCAGGUGGAAGAGGAGAUCUUUCUGCCACAGCUUGUCAUGGCCCCUGCCAAGCGCGCUGCUGCAGAAGUGGCAGGCGGCUUGCCGAUGAGGGGAAAUGCUGCCAUGUUGCCGAGGUUUCAGUCGCCCUCUGCCGAGAAGCCUCGGCGGGCCGGGCCAGUGGUGACGCCGCUGCCCCGCCGUAGUCCACGCGUAGUAUGA